GAAAAAAAAAGAAGAAGAAGACGAAGACGCUGCCACUGGGAACGUCAUCAGUCCGCGUCGCAUCAGAGAAACGUGGAGAGAAGAGGGAGCAAACUCAAGUGGACACUGUCGGAGAGUCCCCGCGUGAAUCGGUGUGAACAUGGCGUCGAACCAAGAGCCAGAGGUCCAGCUCGCUCAGAGAUUAGCUUCCAACGAGAAGCCCGUCCGGACCAAGGCUGUAAAGAAACUGAGGAAAUACAUAAACGUCCGGUCUCACAUCGCGACAGGUGGAUUCACCAGUGAUGAGCUGCUCAAGCUGUGGAAGGGUCUGUUCUACUGCCUGUGGAUGCAGGACAAACCGCUGCUCCAGGAGGAACUCUCCAACCAAAUCUCUACCCUGAUCCACAGCUUCCAUGAUAUUGACGGACAGCUGUUAUAUCUGGAGAGCUUCUUGCAGACCUUCAAAAGAGAGUGGACUGGUAUCGACAGGCUGCGGAUGGACAAGUUCUUCCAGCUGGUUCGCUUCAUGUUCAGACAAACCUUUCAGAUGCUCAAGAGGAAAAACUGGGAGAGCAGUGCGGUUGGCAGGUUUCUAGAGCUGUUGACAGCACACCUCCUGCAGAGCGGCAGCGGUGCGCCCUGCGGGCUGCAGUUCCACGUCCUGGACCUUUACAUGACAGAGCUGGCAGCUGUGGGUUCAGCAGAGCUCACUGCUGAUCAGAACUUGAUAUUCAUCGAGCCGUUUUGCAAGACAGCAGCCAAAACCAAAGAUCGGUCUCUUUUCAGUGCCGUCUGCAACAGCAUCCUGAGCACUAUUAUUGAACAGGCCCCCUUCGCUAUUGAAGAUUUGAUGAAGGAGUUGAAAGCCGCUGAGGACUCAGACUCUGGACAGGCUUCUGAAGAGGACGACGACGACGCACUUAAUGAGAAGAUGAGCAAACUGGUCGGAAAGAAAGGGACAAGGGAGCAGUUAAACGGCAAUGUAUCAAAUGAAGACGAGGGCGAUGAUAGUGAUGAUGCUGAGCUUCUUCAUGAGGAAGACUCAGACACAGAGGUCUCAUGUGAUGAAGCCGUCGGACCAGUCCUACAGUUUGACUAUGCCGCCCUGGCAGACAAGCUGUUCGAGUUAGCCAGUCGGAGCAGCACACCCAGCAGGAACAGACAGAGGCUCUAUAAGAUCAUCAAAGUACUGCGUGAUCUGAAUGAAGGCAUCUUUCCUCAGGAUGAGUAUCCAGAGGAGGUCUCCACAGAUGAGGAUGAUGACAUGUUCGGCAGCAGGAAGAGGAUGAAGAGAGGAGGAGGUCACAUGCAAGAUGACGAUGAAGGGGUGCCAGGAGCCAAGAAAAGUAAAGGGGGGAAAAAGAAGGCAGCCACACCCGACAAGCAAGGCAAAGAUUCAGGGAAAGAUGACAAUGAACCAGCUGACCUAACUGCAAAUGAAAACAAAAAAAAGAAGAAAAGGAAGAAGAAGAAGAAGAAGGCAGUUGAGGAUGGACGUGCAGACGGCUCUGAACAGGAACAGACUGUGGGUCAAGCUCAAAGCACAAUCAAAGAGACUGAAGGAGGUCCGGAGUGUUCAGAGACCGGAGAUUUGGAAAAAGAAGCACAGACGCAAAGCUCCCUAGCACCUGUAACGGUGACAGAGGCAAAUACUCCAGAGGGCCAGUCAGAAACUCUGCUCAUCUCUGAAGUCAAGAAACAGCCUACAGUUACUGUCACAGAAGAAACCAGCCAACAAGCUGUCUGCGCAAUUGACAACAAGCAUCAAUCUGUUAAGUUUUCAAAGAUGACCAGAAAGAGAGGGACUUCUGAGCUUAAAGCUGAGGAGGCAGAGGAGCAGCAGGCUCCUGUUGGAGCAGAGCCAGAAAUGUCCUCCAAAGUAGAUCCUACAGUCACAGGGAAGAAGAAAAAGAAGGGCCUGAAGGUGAACUUACAAACAGAUGAGUCGGCAGAAAAAAACAUUGCAACACCUGAAACUGAUUCUACAACCCAGAAAAAGAAGGGCCUGAUGACUGAGAAGAAUCUCAAGGAGGUGGAGGUUAACGGUGUGAGCACAGAAGCAAAUUUCCCAUCAAUACGUCAUGGGGAUUCAGAGGAAGAUGGCUCAACCACCGGACUUGGUAAGCAGACGGAUUCUAUAACCCCAUGCAAUAAGAAGAGUAAGAAAAAGAACCUGAAGGCUAGUGAAGUGCCAAACGUUGAGGCCCAAUUCGAGGAAGAGGGAAAAAACACCAAUGCUGAAGUCAGAUCAGUUGUUGAGGAAGGAUCACAAGAUGCCACCACAGCACCACCUACAAAGAAGACAAAGAAAAAAGGAAAGAAAGAGGAUGCAACACUUGAUGAAAGCACUGUAAUCCAGCUCAACAAGAAAAGGAAAAAGAAUCAAAAAGAAUGUAAGCCUUCAGUGGAAGAGAACACAGCGGCUGUGGAAACCCACCAGGCAGUGGAUGCUGAGAAACUGCCGUUCGAGAUCACCAUGACAACACCAGCAAAGAAUAAGAAAAAGAAGUUGGCAGCAGGUCAACUGAAGAGGAAAGAUAAAAGCCAGAUGCAGGUGGUUUGCUGUGUCGAUGCAGAACUCGCAUCGGGUGAAAUUGAUGGCGUCUCUUCCUCUGGAAAACUGACCAAGAAGAAGAAGAGGAAGAUCCCUGUGGUGUUUGAGUAUGAGGUCGAUGAGCUGGAGGCGGCUGCCCGGGAGGCUCCAUUGAUCAACGGGGUCGCAGAAGAAGACAUUGUUACCAAGAAGUCAAAACCAGACAGUGAUGUUGGAGAGACAUCCACUCCUCUUCGCACUAAAAAGUCACAAAAGAAGGCUAAGACUUCCUCGGGGUCAGCGUUUGACUUCAUCACCUUUCAGAGCAACGCAAAAGCCCCAACACCCCUCUUUUGCAAAACCAAGGGGAGCCCCAGGACCCCGCUGUCCAGCAAGAAGAAGAGUCAAACUCCCAAAUCAGAUUCCAAAAAGGUGACCUUCGGUCUCAAGAAUAAUAAGACAGCUGAGUUUCGGAAGACUGAUCGCAGCCUGCUGGUGAGUCCAGAAGGCUCAUCACGAGUGCCCUUCGACCCCAAACAGAAGCCCAAGUUUGGGGUCUUGAAGUCUCCGCCCACACCACUCACCGCCAGAAAGACCCCCAAGGCCAACAGGAAGACCAGCUUGAUUACUCCAAAGAGUACGCCUAAACGUCGACCUUCGGCGGCAGACUUCUUCUAACAUCCCACGCUGACAGGCUGUAGAUACUGACGUCAUGCUCUCUGUGAACUCAUGAAUAGACUGAUUUAGAACACCUCCCAUUUGGAGAUAUAAAGUGGUAUUCUUUGUUUUUUAUCUCGUAUCAGUGUUACUUUUUGCCUCUGAGUGAUUUAAUGUUUUAAUAGUUAUUCAUUACAGUUUUUCCAAUGUAAUCAUCUUUUCAGUUAUUGUGUGAUCGAGUUUGAUACAGCCCAUGUCAAAAUAAAUUAUAUUUUGGGAAAAAAUGUCUUUAAGGAGAAAACAAAAAUGAUAACCCAAAGUGUCCUACGUCUUUUCUUUACUUCAGUCAUAUUGAAGACCUUUUGAUGCAAACUUAAGACAAAUGUCUGAAGAGAGUAAAUAUAAAGAAUGGUAGUGUACCCCCUGUUUAACUCAGGUCAUUUUCUUAUUAGGAAAGUGUGAUACAACAAAUCCAAAGCCAUCUUCAGCCUUUCAUUUGAAUGAGGC